AUGGAACCAAUAACAUUCACAGCGAGGAAGCAUCCCUUCCCCCACGAGGUCUCGGUGGCCUUCAGCCUCCAACUGGUGGGCUCUUUGCCUGUGCACUCUCUGACCACCAUGCCCAUGCUGCCCUGGGUGGUGGCUGAGGUUCGGAGACUUAGCACCUGCAGAAAGGAGCCUGCUCCCAGGCAAGUCCGGCUCUGCGUCUCGCCCUCUGGACUGAAAUGUGAGCACGAGCCAGGAAAAAGCCAGCAGUGGGAUCCCCUGAUCUGUUCCAGCAUAUUCGAAUGUAAGCCCCAGCGUGUUCACAAGCUGAUUCACAACAGUUACGACCCAAGUUACUUUGCUUGUCUGAUUAAGGAAGAUGCAGCCAGUCAGCAGAGUAUCUGUUACGUGUUUAAAGCCGAUGAUCAAACAAAAGUGCCUGAGAUCAUCAGCUCCAUCCGCCAGGCCGGUAAGAUCGCCCGCCAGGAGGAGCUCAACUGCCCGUCCGAGUUUGAUGACACGUUUUCCAAGAAGUUCGAGGUGCUCUUCUGUGGCCGGGUGACGGUGGCCCACAAGAAGGCCCCUCCGGCGCUGAUCGACGAAUGCAUCGAGAAGUUCAACCACAUCAGCGGCAGCAGGAAGGCAGAAUUUGAGUUCCCACCCGCAGGCCCGGAGGAGAAGGGCCGCAGGCCCAUGAGGAAGUCCUUCUCACAGCCGGGCCUGAGCUCCUUGGCCUUCAGGAAGGACUUCCACGAGGGAAGCCUGCGGAGUAGUAGCUUUUUCAGCUCCUUUGAGGAAAAUGACAUUGAGAACCACCUAAUUGGUGGAAACAAUAUUGUGCAGCCAACAGAUAUCGAGGAAAAUCGAACUAUGCUCUUUACGAUUGGCCAGUCCGAAGUUUACCUCAUCAGCCCCGACACCAAAAAAGUAGCAUUUGAGAAAAAUUUUAAGGAGAUAUCUUUUUGCUCUCAGGGUAUCAGGCACGUGGACCACUUUGGGUUUAUCUGCCGAGAAUCUUCUGGAGGCGGCGGCGUCCAUUUCGUCUGCUACGUGUUUCAAUGCACAAAUGAAGCUCUGGUGGAUGAGAUCAUGAUGACUCUGAAGCAGGCGUUCACGGUGGCUGCAGUGCAGCAGACCUCCAAGGCCCCCGCUCAACUGUGCGAGGGCUGCCCGGUCCAGAGCCUGCACAGGCUGUGCGAGAGGAUAGAGGGAAUGAGUGCUUCCAAAACAAAGCUAGAGCUCCAGAAGCAUCUGACAGUGCUGACUAACCAGGAACAAGCUACUAUUUUUGAAGAGGUUCAGGGGAGUAGAGCCAGAGGCCUACAGGAGCAUUCCCUGAGCGUGGACCUGGACAGCUCGGCAUCAAGCACAUUGAGUAACACCAGCAAAGAGGCACCGUUGUGUGAGAAGGAGGCCCUGCCACUGUCCAAGAGCUCCUUCAAGCUGCUGGGCUCCUCAGAUGACCUGUCCAGUGACUCGGAGAGCCAGCUCCCGGAGGAUCCCGCACCCCUCUCGCCCCAGCAGGGCUUCCGACGGCGAGCCAACACCCUGAGCCAUUUCCCCACCGGCAGCCAGGAGCCCCCAGGAGCUGCCGAGGCCUCUCCAGGGGCCGCACAGAGGAAACUCAUGAGGUACCACUCAGUGAGCACAGAGACGCCUCAUGAGCGGAAUGCGAACCAUCCUCCUGUGGGCAAAUCUCAGAGUGGCUCAGGUCAGCCGGCAGCUCCUGCUCCUUCACCUCGUCUUAAUCCCUCCGCCUCCUCGCCCAAUUUCUUUAAGUAUCUAAAACAUAACUCAAGUGGAGAACAGAGUGGGAAUGCUGUGCCCAAGAGCGUCUCCUACCGUAAUGCCCUGCGGAAAAAACUCCAUUCUUCUUCUUCUGUGCCAAAUUUUCUAAAAUUUCUGGCUCCUGUAGAUGAAAAUAACACCUCUGACUUUAUGAACUCAAAAAGGGACUUUGAGCCCAAAACCAACCACCCAGGUGACGCCACUGGGACCCCCGUGAAGACCCGAAGGCACUCGUGGAGGCAGCAGAUCUUCCUCCGGGUGGCGACCCCGCAGAAAGCCAGCGAGUCUCCGGGCAGAUACGAGGAUUACUCUGAGCUGGGAGAAGUCCCCCCACGGUCGCCUUUAGAGCCAGUUUGUGAGGAUGGGCCCUUUGGCCCCUCACCAGAGGAGAAGAGGAGUCCCCGGGAGCUGCGGGAGCUGUGGCGGAAGGCCAUUCUGCAGCAGAUCCUGCUACUCAGGAUGGAGAAGGAGAACCAGAAGCUACAAGCCUCUGAAAAUGAUUUGCUGAACAAGCGCCUGAAGCUUGACUAUGAAGAAAUCACUCCUUGCCUUAAAGAAGUCACUGCGGUGUGGGAGAAGAUGCUAAGCACUCCUGGAAGGUCAAAAAUUAAGUUCGACAUGGAGAAAAUGCACUCGGCUGUCGGGCAAGGUGUGCCCCGUCAUCACCGUGGCGAAAUCUGGAAAUUCCUAGCAGAGCAAUACCACUUGAGGUACCAGUUCCCCAGUAAACAGCAGCCCAAGGACACACCGUACAAAGAACUCCUGAAGCAGCUCACCUCGCAGCAGCACGCGAUUCUCAUUGACCUCGGGCGCACCUUCCCGACGCACCCAUACUUCUCAGCACAGCUGGGAGCCGGGCAGCUCUCCCUGUACAACAUUCUCAAGGCCUACUCGCUGCUGGACCAGGAGGUCGGGUACUGCCAGGGCCUCAGCUUCGUGGCCGGCAUCUUGCUGCUUCAUAUGAGCGAGGAGGAGGCCUUCAGGAUGCUCAAGUUUCUAAUGUUCGACAUGGGCCUGCGGAAGCAGUACCGGCCAGACAUGCUUAUCCUGCAGAUCCAGAUGUACCAGCUCUCGAGGCUGCUUCACGAUUACCACAGGGACCUGUACAACCACCUGGAAGAGCAGGAGAUCGGCCCCAGCCUCUACGCCGCCCCCUGGUUCCUUACCAUGUUCGCUUCCCAGUUCCCGCUGGGCUUUGUAGCCAGAGUCUUCGAUAUGAUCUUUCUUCAGGGAUCUGAAGUCAUAUUUAAAGUGGCAUUAAGUCUGCUGGGAAGCCAUAAGCCCUUGAUUCUGCAGCAUGAGAACCUAGAAACCAUAGUUGACUUUAUAAAAAACACACUACCAAACCUGGGCUUGGUACAGAUGGAAAAGACCAUCAAUCAGGUAUUUGAGAUGGACAUCUCUAAGCAGCUACAAGCGUAUGAAGUGGAGUACCACGUGCUCCAGGAGGAGCUGAUGGACUCUGCUCCCCUCAGCGACAACCAAAGAAUGGACAAACUAGAGAAAACCAACAGCAGCCUACGCAAACAGAACCUUGACCUUCUGGAACAAUUGCAGGUGGCGAACGGUAGGAUCCAAAGCCUCGAAGCCACAGUGGAGAAGCUUCUGACCAGUGAAAGCAAGCUGAAGCAGGCAGCCCUGGCAUUAGAGCUGGAGAGGGCUGCCCUGCUGCAGACGGUGGAGGAGCUACGACGGCAGGCGGCAGAGCGGAGCAGCACCGAGCCGGCCCUCGCUCAGCCCGAGCCUGCCGGUGACUGA